GUUGAAACAACGGCGGGCGACUUUGAAAGGAUUUGACGUUUUUACUCUGACAUCCACUGACUAGUGUAUUUCAACUCAAACGUUCAUCUAACUUGCUGACCAGAUACAUAUAAAUCAUACUGAACUGGUUAUCACCAUCAAACAACUCCUACAAAUGAAUUUUUUAACAUACAUAUUUGUCUACUUGUUUCAGGUGAUAUAUUCAAUUUUCCGUCCUAUGAUAAAGUAUAUUUCUCGAUUAGUAACAGGGAGGUGUGAACUAAGUCGCAUAAUUGCUGAUUGUCCGAAAGGAGCACCCAGAACUGUCAGAAUAGAAAACUCGCUGAGGAAUUCAAAAAAUAAAUCUAUUCAAAAUGGAUUGCUUUUGGGAAAAUGUACAGAUGCUAAGUCACAUGUGCAGCUUGUCAUUAGUGCUAAGCGUAUCGAUCUAAAAGAUCAACCAAAUUUUCCUACCGAUUAUUUGUACUGCAUCAGUCAAAUCAACUCUUAUCGGGAACUAAUAAAUACAUUGGAUGCCUUGAAGUGUACUGCGUUUAAUUCAGAUGAUCACUAUCACUCCGAAUUACUUUCAAGGUUAUGGAUUUGUCUUGAUUCUCAAAACGAAUUGUCAUCCCAUAAUGGAGAGAAGUGGACUCUUCUUGGAUUUCAGACGGAGAACCCCGAGACGGAUUUCCGCGGAAUGGGUAUACUGUCUCUUGAAAAUCUUGUGUACUUCGCAGAAUCACACACAAAAUUAGCGCGAAGUAUGUUAUCGGCAUCACAUCAUCCUAACAAAUGGUAUCCAUUUGCUGUAACUGGUAUCCACUUGACGAAGUUGUCGUACAACUUAAUGCUGAAGGGUUAUCUAAAAUAUCAAUUCUAUAAUAUGUCUUCAUCAGCCAGCAUACAAGACUUCAACGAGUUUUACUGCUAUACAUUUUAUUCUUUCCACAAAUUCUGGACGAAACACCCUCGUGAUAUAAUGCAAUUCAACAAAUAUUGUGACGAUUUCGCGAAUAAAUUGAAAUGUCUUUUAUUGGAUGUAAACUGUAGAUUAUGUUUACCGGAAGAUAAAAUUUAAAUGGUUCAUGCGUAGCUAUAUUCCCGGCAUUAGUAAGUAAACCACAAGUCAUACGGGGAACUACAUGUAAUUAAUGUGGUGCUAACUAUGGUUAAUUGUACCACAAUAUUUGUAAUAUUCACAAGCGUGAUAUAUGCUAUUUUCUUUUCAAUAUUUUAGUAUAAUGAUACUUUGCAAUCCUUUAAAAUGUGAAAUCGACUAAAUGAAAUCUGUAUUUAUUCUGCUCCCAUUUCCGUUCCUGUUUUAUUCGAAGGCAUAAUGAAAUCCGGUUAUCCGAAAGCUUACAGUUACAUCUGUUAAGUAUUGUCUUUCUUCCUUCAAUAGCUAAUAUUUUAUGUUUAUUUCUGUUCAUAUUGAUAAAGCACAUUUUAUUUUCUAA